AUGGGCACCAGCAGGCAGUGCUGGGCACUGGCCUGCACCCUGGUGGGUCUGCUGGCCACACAGCAGGCAGAGCAGACACCUGCCCGGCAUGUGGCCUUCAUUCCUCCCAUCACCGUGCACCCCUACAUGACACCUCUGAACCCCAUGCACAAUGGGCGCGUCUGCAGCACAUGGGGUGACUUCCACUACAAGACCUUCGACGGCGACAUCUUCCGCUUCCCCGGCCUCUGCAACUACGUGCUGGCCUCGCACUGCCGGGCCCCCUACGAGGACUUCAACGUGCAGCUGCGCCGAGAGCUCUCGGGCGGCAGGCCCGUCAUCAGCCAUGUGGUCCUCAAGGUGGAGGGGCUGGUGCUGGAGGUCCUGCAGGGCUUGGUGCUGGUGAACGGGCAGCAGGAGAAGGUGCCCUACAGCCGCUCCGGGCUCCUGGUGGAAGAGAGCAGUAGCUACAUCAAGAUCAGCAUCCGCAUGGUCCUUACGCUCUUCUGGGGCCGAGGGAACAGCGUCCUGCUGGAGCUGGACCCCAAGUACGCCAACCAGACGUGUGGCAUGUGCGGGGACUUCAACGGGCUCCCUGCUUUCAAUGAGUUCUACUCCCACAACACCAAGCUGUCAGCACUCCAGUAUGGAAACCUACAGAAGCUGGACGGACCCACAGAGCAAUGCCAGGACCCACUGCCCAGCCUGUCCUCCAACUGCACCGCCCAGGAGAAUGUCUGCUACCGCAUAUUGCUGGGCCCGGCCUUUGCCCAGUGCAACCAGCUAGUCGACCCCAGCCCGUACAUAGAGGCCUGCAACCAGGACCUGUGCCGCUGCCCGAGCUGCCCAUGUGCCACCAUCACCGAGUACUCCCGCCAGUGUGCCCAUGCUGGGGGCCAGCCACAGAACUGGAGGAGCCCCAGCUUCUGCCCCCAGACUUGCCCCAAGGGCAUGGAGCACCAUGAGUGUGGGUCCCCCUGCACCAACACCUGCUCCAUCCCUGAGCGCACCCAGCUCUGCGAGGACCACUGCGAAGACGGCUGCUUCUGCCCCCCAGGCACCGUGCUGGAUGACGUCACCCACACUGGCUGUGUGCCCCUGAAACAGUGCCCCUGUACCUACCAUGGCCGCACCUACACCCCAGGGGCUACCUUCAACACCAGCUGCAGCUUCUGCACCUGUUCUGGGGGAUGGUGGCACUGUGACAACCUCCCGUGCCCAGCCACCUGCUCGGUCCUGGGCGGCGCCCACAUUACCACCUAUGACGAGAAGCUCUAUGACCUGCACGGGGAUUGCAGCUACAUUCUGUCCAAGAAAUGUGAGGACAACACAUUUACGGUGCUGGCUGAGCUGCGGCAAUGUGGCCUGACCGAAACUGAGAGCUGUCUCAAGUCGGUGACCGUCAGCCUGCAUGGAGGGGACACGGUCAUCCGGAUCCAGGCAAAUGGGGCGGUGUACAUGAAUUCCAUCUACACCCAGCUGCCGGUCUCAGCAGCCAACGUCACCGUCUUGAAGCCCUCCUCCUUCUUCCUGGUGCUGCAGACAGCGCUCGGCCUGCAGCUGCAGGUCCAGCUGGUGCCCCUCCUGCAGGUCUACGUCCAGGUGGACUCGGCCCACAGCGGCCAGAUGUGCGGUCUGUGUGGGAACUUCAACCAGAACCAGGCUGAUGACUUCCAGACCCUCAGCGGCGUGGUGGAGGGCACUGGCGUCGCCUUUGCCAACACCUGGAAGACCCAGGCCGCCUGCCCUAAUGUCAAGAACAGCUUUGAGGACCCCUGCUCCCUCAGCGUGGAGAAAGAAAAGUACGCCCAGCACUGGUGCGCCCUGCUGACCGACCCUACUGGCGCCUUCAGCCCCUGCCACUCCAGCGUCAACCCUGGGGCUUUCCACACGAACUGCAUGUUCGACACGUGCAACUGCGAGAAGAGCGAGGACUGCCUGUGUUCUGCGCUCUCCAGCUACGUGCGCGCAUGCGCCGCCAAGGGGGUCCUUCUGAGCGGCUGGAGGGAAAGUGUCUGCGCCAAAUAUAUGAGCAACUGCCCCAAGUCCCAGAGCUACACGUACGUGGUGGACACCUGCCAGCUCACCUGCCGCUCCCUCAACGAGGCUGAUGUCACCUGCGGCAUCUCCUUUGUGCCCGUGGAUGGCUGCACCUGCCCUGUGGGCACCUACCUGGACGACACGGGCAACUGUGUGCCCUCCUGGGAGUGCCCCUGUUACCUGCACGGCACCGCGGUGGCCCCUGGAGAAGUGGUGCAUGAAAAUGGCGUGAUGUGCUCAUGCUCCAAUGGGAAGCUAAACUGCCUGGGGACCCCGCUGCCGAGCAGUACAGGGUGCAUGGCUCCCAUGUUGUACCUGGACUGCAGCAAAGUCCCUGCCGGGACCAUCGGGGCCGAGUGCCUCCGGAGCUGCCGCAGUCUCGACCUGGACUGUUACAGCACGCGCUGUGUCUCUGGCUGUGUCUGCCCCCCGGGGCUGGUGUCAGACGGCAGGAUGGGCUGCAUUGCCCCGGAGGACUGCCCCUGCACGCACAAUGAGGCCAUCUAUCAGCCGGGGGACUCUGUCAGGGUCAACUGCAACACCUGCACGUGCCGGAAGGGAAGGUGGGUGUGCACCACCCAGCCCUGCCUGGGCACCUGCGUGGCCUACGGAGACGGACACUUCGUCACCUUUGACGGCGAGCGCUACAGCUUUGAAGGCACCUGCGAGUACACCCUGGCUCAGGACUACUGUGGGGACAGCGCCGCCACCACGGGGACCUUCCGGAUUGUCACAGAGAACAUCCCCUGUGGGACCACUGGGGUCACUUGCUCCAAGGCCAUCAAGAUCUUCCUAGGGAGCCAGGAGCUGGUCCUCUCCAAGGGGCACCUGCAGGUGGUGGACAGGGGUACCAGUGGAAACCUGCCUUACAAGGUGCGCCACAUGGGCCUCUACCUGGUCAUUGAGGUCCGAAACAAACUGUUGGUCUCCUGGGACCGGAAGACUAGCAUCUUCAUCAAGCUGCACCCGGACUACAAGGGAAAGGUGUGCGGGCUCUGUGGCAACUUCGACGGGAACGCCAUCAACGACUUCACCACAAGGAGCCAGUCUGUGGUGGGCGACGUGCUGGAGUUCGGCAACAGCUGGAAGUUCUCACCGACCUGCCCGGAUGCCCUGGCCCCCCGGGACCCCUGUAUUGCCAACCCGUACCGCAAGGCCUGGGCCCAGAAGCAGUGCAGCAUCCUCCACAGUGCCACCUUCGCUGCCUGCCAUGCCCACGUGGAGCCCACCAAGUACUACGAGGCCUGCGUGAGCGACGCGUGCGCCUGCGACUCGGGUGGCGACUGCGAGUGCUUCUGCACGGCCGUGGCCGCCUACGCGCAGGCCUGCCACGACGCGGGCGUGUGCGUGUCCUGGCGCAGCCCUGAUGUCUGCCCCCUGUUCUGCGACUACUACAACCCCCACGGGGAAUGCACGUGGCACUACCAGCCCUGCGGGGCGCCCUGCAUGCGGACCUGCCGGAACCCCAGUGGGCGCUGCCUCCUAGACAUGCCGGGCCUGGAAGGCGGCGGCAUCCAGUGCGUGCACAGCCCCGAGGACUGCAUGUGCACCUACGAGGGCAGGACAUACUACUACCAGGAGGUCAUCUACAACACCACCGACGGGCUGGGUGCCUGCCUGGUGGCCAUCUGUGGGGACAACGGGAUAAUCAACCGGAUUACCAUGCAGUGUCCCCUAGUCCAAUCCACCACGCCGCCCUUCACCUUCAGCACCACAGCGGCACAGCCGUCCACAGCAAGCUCUGUGCCCGUGCCCACGGGGACCACCAUGGGGUGUGUGCACGAGGUCUGCACUUGGUCGCAGUGGUAUGAUGGUAGCCAGCCGGAGCCUGGGAUGGAAGGCGGGGACUUUGAAUCGUUUGCUGUCCUGAGGGAGAGGGGCUACCAGGUGUGCCUCCAGCCGGUGGACAUUGAGUGCAGGGCUGUGCACUUCCCCAACGUGACCUUGGACAAGCUUGGCCAGCGUGUGGACUGUGACCGUGUGCACGGGCUGACCUGCCUGAACCGUGAGCAGAACCCCGCCCUCUGCCACAACUACGAGUUGCGGGUCCGGUGCUGCGUGUUGGUGCCCUGUGGGCCUUCCACAAGCCUGCCCACCCCCGGGACACCAGCCACCCAGUCCUUUCCCACCCCCACCCCCAGCCAGGGCUCCUCCACCAGAGAGACCACCUUGCAGUCCACCCCGAAGAUAACUUCAGCUCAGACCUCACAAUCGCAGUCCACCUCGGCCACGCUGACCUCCACCAGCUGCCAGCCCAGGUGUCAGUGGUCGGAAUGGUUUGACAAGGAUUACCCCAAAUCCGACAAGUUGGACGGGGACGUCGAGACCUUUGACAAGAUCCGCAGUGGCGGCGGGGACAUCUGUGAGGAGCCCCAGGACAUCGAGUGCCAGGCCGAGAACUUCCCCAACCGGACGCUGGCGCAGGUCGGCCAGAAUGUCCACUGUAACGCCAGCUUCGGACUGGUCUGCCGGAACGACGAGCAGGAGGGCGUCUUCCACAUGUGCUACAACUACCGCAUCCGCGUGCUCUGCUGUAGCCUGAGCCACUGCGCCACCACUGCCCCCCCCCUUCUCACCACCGGGCAGACCUCUGCUGGCACAUCCCCGGUGCCCACAGCUGCACCCACAGUCACAACAAAGCCCACUCUGCCCCCAACGGUGGGCACAUCACCAGGACCUCCCAGCACCGUGGCACCUACCACGAACCAGGGGAAGCCCUACUGCCAGCCCAAGUGCGAGUGGACAGACUGGUAUGACACGGACUUCCCAACCUCUGGGGUCUCGGGCGGCGACAUGGAGACCUUUGACAACAUCAGGGCGGCUGGGGGCAAGCUAUGCGACCUGCCCCAGAAGAUUGAGUGCCGCGCGGAGAACUACCCCGGGGUGAGCCUGGACCAGAUCGGCCAGGUGCUGAACUGCAGCCUGCAGGUGGGGCUGGUCUGCCGGAACAGUGACCAGCAGGGUCCUUUCAACAUGUGUUUCAACUACAAUGUCCGGGUGCUCUGCUGCGAUUACAGAAACUGCAGCACCACCUCCGGGCCCGGGCCCACCCCAGGAACAACCAUGCCCACCACGCCCACCACCGGGACCAUCAGCACCCAGACCACGCCUGUACACCCCACGACUAGGGUCACCAGCAGCCCUGGGACCCCUCCCCAGACCUCCACACCUGGGGUCACCAGCACACAGACCAUGCCUGUGGUGCAGUGCAACGUCACCUUUGGGCUGAUCUGCAGGAACAUGGAGCAGCUUGGGACCCCCAAAUACUGCAACAACUUCCACGUCCGGGUGCUCUGCUGUGAGGACCGCAGUCACUGCCCCUCCACGCCGGCCACCACGAAGACAGCCCCGACGUCUACAGGGGAGACCAGCAGCAGCAGCAUGGGGGUCCCCACGUCCAUGGCCACCAGCACGCACAUAGCUGUGCCCACUACGACUAGGGUGACCAGCAGCCCGGGGACCCCUCCCCAGACCUCCACACCUGGGGCCACCAACACGCAGACCUUGUCUGUACCCACGACGACUAGGGUCACCAGCAGCCCUGGGACCCCUCCCCAGACCUCCACACUUGGGGCCACCAGCACCCGGACCACCAGGGCUCCCCCCACAUCUAGUCUCAGCCACAGCACUGGAAGCCCUACCGCCCCUGGCACCAGCACAACCUUGUUUCCCACUGAGUGUCAACCUGCCUGUCACUGGUCAGGCUGGCUAGACAGUGACCAGCCCAAGCCAGGGCCCUACGGCGGUGACAUUGAAACCUACUAUCACAUCAUGGAUGCGGGCGGCCAGGUGUGCCCAUGGCCAAUGGCCAUCGAGUGUGAGGCUGUGCUGUCCCCGGGCGUGCCACUGGAGAGCUUGGGGCAGAAGGUGCAGUGCAAGGUCGAGUAUGGCCUAAUCUGCCGCAACCACAAGCAGACGGCCGGUCAGACCUGCCUCAACUACCACGUGCGUGUGCUCUGCUGUGACGACUACAGCCACUGCGGCUCCACGGCCAGGCCAAUGCCCACUACCACAGCCACGGCUGAAGCCACCUCCACCCCCAGAGUCAUCCCCACCACUGCAGCCACGCUCACAUCCCGUGCCAGAUACACCUCCUCGACCACCACAGCCAUGGUCACGCCUCCAGCCACCUCCACCCCCGGAGCUACCUCAACCACCACAGCCACAGUCACUACUGAAGCCACCUCCACUCCUAGAGCCACUUCCACGAUUGCAGCCACCAGCACCACAGCCCAGACUCCCACCCCACCCACUGCCCAGGGCCUCAGGUCAUCGGGGGUCCCAGGACCCUCCACCUCAGCUACCACACAGACUCAUCCCACCACACCCACACUCAAUGAAAGCUUCACCUCCUCAACCCCAUCUCAGUCCACCCCUGGGGGCACCCCAACCAGCAUGGCCUCCACAGCCCCCCAAACCACCACACCCCUCCGUACCAGCCCAGCACAGACAUCCUCCCUGCCCCCUAGCCCUGGCACCACCCCUUCUUCCACCACAAGCUGUGAGCCCCGCUGCACCUGGACAGGCUGGUUGGAUGAGAGCUACCCCGUGCCUGGGAUCUCAGGGGGCGACUUCGAGACUUAUGACAACCUCCGUGCGUCCGGCCACACCCUCUGCAGCAGCCCUGUGGACAUCCAGUGCCGCUCUGAGCUGUUUCCAGACGUGCCGCUUCUCUACUCCACCAGGCUGUCCACGAGCCCACCCACUUCUUCUACCAGCUGGACCUCCACUGGCCGCUGUUACUGCCACGCCUUGGGCAAGCUCUUCCAGCCAGGGGACAUCGUGUACAACGAGACCGACAAGGCUGGCUGCCGCUUCUAUGCAGUUUGCAAUCAGCAGUGUGACAUCGAUCGCUUCCAGGGAGCCUGCCCCACCACCGUGCCGUCCACCUCCCCUGAGGCCACGCCACCCGCCACGCCCUCAGUCUCGUCCGCCCUUCCUAUGGGCUGUGACCACACGGUCCCUCCUCGACAGGUGAACGAGACCUGGACCCUGGAGGACUGCACUAUCGCCAUGUGCGAGGGUAACAAUCGCAUCGUCCUGCUGGAGCCCAAGCCCGUGGCCAAGGUCACCUGCGCAAACCAGUACCAGCCCAUCAAAGUGCAGAACAAGGACGACCACUGCGACUACCACUACGAGUGCCCGUGCAUCUGCACAGGCUGGGGAGACACCUACUCCACCUUCGACGGCACCACCUUCUCCUUCCGGGACAACUGCACCUACCUGCUCCUGCGGGAGAUCAGCCCGCAGUUCGGGAACCUGACCAUCCUCCUGGAUCAUCAGCACUGUGCCGCAGCCACUGCCCUGGGCACGGGCGCCAGCAGCUGCCACCCAGCCUUGCUGCUCUACUACCUGUCCAUGCAGGUGGUCCUCACCUUCACCAGCAGCGGCGGGAAGCUGCAGAGCCUGGUCCUGUUCGACAGUGAGCAAGUCGGCCACGGUUUCAGCAAGAAGGGUGUGACCAUCUCUGAGAUGGUGACUGGCACCAUGGGUGUGGACAUCUCUACCCUCGGUGUCCACGUCACCUUCGACGGGGCUAUUGUCCAAGUCCAGCUCUCCUAUGCCCAUUUCCACCACAACACCGAGGGCCAGUGUGGCACCUGCACCAACAGUCAAGUAGAUGACUGUCGCCUGCCGGGCGGGACCAUAGCACCCACCUGCGAUGACAUGGCCUGGUCCUGGCUGGUUCCUGACAGCAGCAAGGAGGGCUGUCUGACACCCACCAGCCCCCCGAUUCCGGGGGAAGAGUGGAUCAGUAACUGCCAAGCCUGUGAGUGCCAGGGGAGUCCGUCUGUCGUGUGGUGCCACCCAGUGCAGUGUGAACCCCCUGAGGAGCCCAGCACGUGCGGCCAAGACGGCUUCCAGCGCAUCACCAGGCCCCAGGCCGACAACCCCUGCUGCCAAGAGAUCCUGUGCGUCUGCAACAUGACCACCUGCUCCCAGAAGCCUCCUGUGUGUGAGCAGGGACAGAAGCUGGUCCAGACCCAGGAGGAAGGCGACUGCUGUGCCACGUUCACCUGUGGUGAGAUUUUCUCGGAGUGCCACACCCUGGUCCCACCCAUCCCUUUCUUCGAAACCUGCACCACAGAGAGCUGUGGGGAGUACGGCUCCCACAUGCCCUGCCAGAGCCUGGAGGCCUAUGCUGCCCUGUGCCGGCUCUGGGGCGCCUGCAGCAACUGGCGCAAUGCCACGGGUGGGCUGUGUGUGCAGUGUGAACCCCCUGAGGAGCCCAGCACGUGCGGCCAAGACGGCUUCCAGCGCAUCACCAGGCCCCAGGCCGACAACCCCUGCUGCCAAGAGAUCCUGUGCGUCUGCAACAUGACCACCUGCUCCCAGAAGCCUCCUGUGUGUGAGCGGGGACAGAAGCUGGUCCAGACCCAGGAGGAAGGCGACUGCUGUGCCACGUUCACCUGUGAACCCGAGACCUGUGUCUACAAGGGGAUCCAAUACGGGAUCAACGCUGUCUUCCUGGGGGAUGUACCCUGCCAUACGUGCACCUGCCUGGCCGUGGAUGCCCAGCUCGCCCCCAUUGUGGAUUGUAAACAGGACACUUGCAAUACCACCUGCUCCCUGGGCUCAGAGUACAGGGAGAGGCCCGACAAAUGCUGCGGGGAAUGUGUGCAGACGCACUGCCUCCUGCCCAACGGGCAGCUCCUUCAGCCCAAUGACACCUGGGUCAGCUCCUCCGCAGACAACUGCACGCAGUACCGCUGCUUUCAUGAAAACCAGAGCUUCCUGCUGGUCCCCGAGUUUGUGCAGUGCCCCAACGUGCCCUACUGCCAGGGGGUCCUCAGGAAAGUGGGCUGCUGCUUCACCUGCGAGGAGGAAUCGGACCGGUGUCAUGUGCGUGUGAACGCCACUGCUCUGCGCUUCAAGAACUGCGAGUCGGAGAGCGCCGUGAACUUCACCUACUGCGAGGGCGUCUGCCAAGGGGUGUCCAAGUACUCGGUGGGGGCCCAGAUCAUGGAUCGCCACUGCACCUGCUGCCAGGAGACCAAGACGCACAUGGAAGAGGUUACCCUGCGGUGUGCCGACGGCACUCGGGUCAAGCACAGCUACCUGCACGUGGACCAGUGCGGCUGCGGCCCCGCCUGCCUGCUCCAGGCCACCUCCAAAGAGCAGGUGCUGGCACAAGACUACCCCGACACGGAAAACGCGGGAUUGGCCUGA